AUGGCUAAUGUAACAGAAAUUGGCAACAGGGUUGCCUCGGCGGCUAUCUUACCUUCAGGGGAGCGUAUUGCUGUUCUUAAUUUGAACAAUGAAGUCGAUUUUUACUCCACAUCGUACCGAAAACAUAUCUCUACAACGCCUAUCAACGUACCGGGACCUGUACCUCAUCAGAGAAAGUUCAUCGCUGAUAUAACUUUUAUCGACGAUGAAACUGUUGCCUUCGGACAUUCCAACGGCUAUGUCGGCUUUAUCACGUAUGGCAUGACCGACAGUGUUAAAACCUUCACCAUAGACGGUGACGGACCCAAAGGUGAAGUGUUUCGAUGUCCAAUACAGACGAUAGCAUAUGGACUUAUUGGCCAUCAACCGCAUAUCCUAGCCGUUAUCCCUUCUUCCUUGGCUGCGUCCGGUGUCAGACCCCACUAUCAUGCUGAUGUUCAUAUUGGUCGCAUCUCCAACUCGCCUGUUACUAGUACUCGAGACUCCUCGGAAUUCGAUUCUGUGGUCAGUCUACAUUUUUAA